AUGAGAGCCGAUAGCUGCUUCUUGCUGAACCCACAACGACACCAAACACUGACCCCAACGCUUCUGGCCAGGGUCGGGGCUCUGGAUUAUACCGGACUGUUGCAGCUAGUCAGUGGGGGUUUGGAGCUCCAGCGGUCCCUCGUCCACAGCUGUUUCAUGGGAACCCAGGAGGGAGAGAGAGAUUGGGUAGAUGUGGCAAAUGAUCUACUCAGCAAGUGUCACAUAAACCUGAGGCUGAGGAAACUGACGGACUGCGAUGCAAAUGUUUUCAUUGCUCUGUAUGAGAACAUCCUGGGGGAGAAAGUUCCAGAUUACAUUGCAGCACCAUGCAGUCAAGAAGAUGACGUACAUAACAUUCAGUCUGUGAUUGACUCACUGUCCCUGGAUUACCUUCAGAUCAGUCUCUCACACAUUACAGGAGAAAAUGUUGUCAGAGGGGACCAAGAGUCUAUCAAGAACCUCCUGGAAAUCUUCGAUGGCCUUCUGGAAUAUCUCAAGGAGGAGAUAAGCGAGGAGUCGCAGAAUGGUGAGGAACUGAAUGACAGUCUCAAUGAGGAUGUGCCUGAUGAAACCAAGGAGCCAACAAGUUGCGAUGCCACAGAGCACAAGAAGACCAAACUGGAUAGAGCGUCUUCGUCUUCCAGUGGAGAGUCUAAUGUCCACUCCAGUAAACAUUCCCUCCAUUCCUGGAACGCUGAGGAGAUGGGAUCAACUAGUGAGCUCAUCGGGCUGGGAGUCUCGGCACGCACAUUCACAGCCAAACAAGAAGACGCAGUCACCACCUCUGGUCCUCUGGACGCCCAGGACGUUCCACUGACUGGACCGCUGCACUCAGCCAUCGCUCUUCAGCCACCCAACCAGAGCAACGCCCCGCACAAACCCGACACAGACCCACACUCACCCAGCCCACCCCCCACUGCUGAUGGCCUCAACCAACGCCACGCAGGGGAGGAAGCCGCUCCGGUCACCACAGAGACCUCUAGGCCGGUAGUGAAGACAGUUGUUACGAAUGGGCUGCAGUCUCCUCCCCUUUUCCAGUCUCCUGCAGUGAGUGAGAAGUCUUUGUCCAGUCAGCAGAGAGCCAGGACAGACGUAGAGGGGGAGGCGCUAGUGCCAACUAACGGAGGUCCCAGAAGGGUUUUAUUCCGCACCCAGCCGGAUGUGCUGUUCCUCACCCUGCAGGAUGAGAUGGCGGCCACAACCCCUUCUCCCCCAGACACUGAAGAGGAAGAGCAAGAUGAGGAGGAUCUGAGUUAUACACGAAGACAACUGGACAGAAGAAUGAGUCACAGAGAAAGGACAGUCCACAGUAGCAGGUUAGAGGAGGAAGGUUUUGAGGAUCCUCUGUCAUAUCGCAGACAGAGGAACAAGCAAGCAGAAGAGGAGCUGCAUCACAUAUCUGAAAAUCUCUCCCAUCGACUUGAGGAACUUGAUCAGAUGCUGAAACGAGUUCUGAGUGAAAGUGGAGACUCCAGUGAAGUCAGAGAAGAGGACAAGCAGUCCCACCACAGUGACAGCAUCAUGGAGUGUCGCAGGACUCUGAGACAGCACACAGUUUCAGGAACAUCCGACGCUGAACCCACCCACCGGACACGCUCCUUAUCCCCCUCCCCUCCACGGGUUCGCCCCUCCCUGCAGGGGCAGUUAGAAGAUGCCAUGGCAGAGGCCUUGAGUCUGGAUGAUGGGAGACAAACCAACCUCACAGCUUCUGAACAUUCGAGGCGAGAAGAGCUACGUCACAGACCGUCUCACAGGAAACAUAGAAAGUAUCGGGAGAGUAAGGCCUAUGAGGAGGAGUUGAAAAGAUAUGAAGACAAAGAACGGGUAGAUCUAGACAAGGCACGCCUCAAAGCUCAGGAAGCCGAGCGACAGUACAGAGAGGCCAUACUGGGGGAUGUUGCCCAAUCGCCCAGACCAUCCCCUGCUAGAACGAAGGUCCAGCAUAGGUCACAACGCAACACACAAAAUACACCUGGUCGUAGAGGGCAGGAGCCCCCCAGGAAAGCUCCAUCAAUGAAGGUGAAGGAGAACGAGCUCCUCCCCGUGCUCCUGGAGGAGUUGCCCCACCUUCACAUCUCCCCCCACGCUCUGGGUCGGAUGUGGGAGCAGCAGAUGCAGCAGGUGGACAGGCUGUAUGCCCUGUCAUCCUCCCAGAGCCAGCGUCGCAGCAAACUCCCCAGCCAGGUGGAGGAAGCCCAGAGGAAACACGACCUGCUGGUGGAGAUAAUCCGCAAAGAACAAGACCACAACAGACGUCUGAGGGACUUCAAAGAGCGCAUCCAGCAGCAGAAGUCGACCCAGAACCGACUGAGAGAACAGAGGCAGCAGGUAGCGCGUGCCAAGAAGUACCACAACGACUACCACGUCCAGCACCGUGCCCGCCUGAUGAGGGCACGCACCAAAGAGGAGAGGAUGUUUCGGCAGCUGUUUGAGGAGGGUUUGGAGCUACAGAAAGUGCGGUUGAGAGAGCAGAGAGCCUGCGCCAGGGAGCAGCGGCUGGAACAUCAGAGACGACACCAGGACCAGAUCAAGUCCAUGGAGAACUACUACAAAGACCAAUUUUCACUACUGGCUGAAAAACUUGCACAAGAGCGGCAGGAUAUCCAAGUUCGGAAAAAAGCUCAAGAAAAGGCUCUUCUGAAGAUGAAGCGAGAGCUGCGAUCCAGGAUGGAGCGUGAGAUUGGUGAACUGCAGAAGAUCAUCAUCCAGAACGACGAGGACGACCAUUUCCAGGAUCUGGAGGUCCAGAGGCUGCGCAAUCGGGUCCAGAUGGCCUCCUUCCAGUACAACACUAGCUAUCUGCACUGAGCAGGAGAGCGAGACAAAGGGCUGUUUUAAGCUCCACUCAGUUAGGACUGGGUUUACAUCAGAGGAACAUGCUGCAAGAACUUUGUUUCUGCUAUUCACAACUAAGGGUACGACAUUCUGGUGGACGAACAGUACUGUCUCCUCGGCAUCUUCCUUCUGAGAUUUGCACAGGAAGAGAACUUCUACAAGUGCUGAUUAUUGAUCAUUAAUGAACUCACCACACUCCGAUAAAAUGUAGCUACAAGCUUAUUUAGCUAACUCUUCCUCUCACCUCAGCUGCUAUACCCGACCUUAAUGACACCUUGGACCAAGUCCCCUUCUUCCAUGGGUUUUAGUACUUGAUACCUAAGAAUGUUUUAGAGUGGCUCCCUCACUGUGCAGUCUUGUGUGCUGAUAUUGUAGCAGACAACUAGUAAAAAUGUUCUUUCCUCUUGCCAAAUAGGGACCACAGAUGCAAAGUUAAUAAGUAUAAUUGUCACACACUGACUGAUUUUUAACUUCCUUCCCCCCUUAAACGUGAGAUGUCUUUCUUCAAUGUUUUAACCAUGCCAGUGGAUUAUUUAUUUUUUUUAACUUUAAUGACAUUUGAUUUUUAAUUAACCUGGUGUUAAUUAGCGUGUGUUUAACAGGGGCGAUGAUAAUCAGUCUUUCAUGACUUUUCCUUUUCCUCAGCUCCAUUGUGAUUGUUUUUAACUCUUACCCAGAACUUAAGACACGGUCGUUUUAAACCAGUACACAAAGGGUCGCAAUGUUAAAACACUGUCUACUGAUAUUGUAUCUAAUGAGCGAAUGCCUGGUCAUCUCUUAAAUGUGCGGGCUCACUCUCCUUGUCACGGUUAAAGGUUUAACUUAUUAACUUAUUGAC